CACCGCCACUAUAAUUGCACCGUUUACUAAUGCGCCGUUCCCUAUUCCGCAGUUUUAAUACCUAAUUGCUUACCUGGAACAUGCUAGGAUUUUUUUCUACUUUCUGCCGGCAAAAUUUAUAUAUAUCUAAUGUUAUUUUAGAUUGUCUUUACGGAUCGUAUGUUUUCGCUGCCGUGAUUUACGUUAUAUGAACUCUUCAUUUCAUGAAGUGCCACAGGGACCACGUGCUACAGCUUUACCGAGGAGAUAGACGCCUAAUGCAAAACAUUUGCCUCUCACCAGCCUCGUUUGUGGGAAGAAGUCUAAGUUACACUGGAUACCAAGUCGCCUAUGCCGUGAUUGGUUUCUACGUGUUGUCAAACUUGGGAGUUCCUGUAAUUUUCAUUCUCAGGAUUUCUCAAGUACGUAAUUGGGUUUGGAACUUCUUAAAGGGAUUUGUGCCAUCGAUAGUGCUGGCCAUCAUAUUACGGUUGUUCCAGCGUUUUUUCCUAGCUCGAUAUGUCUUUCGUGACAGAGAGUACCCGGAUUUCUCGGUCGUGAUUGACAACCGGCGACUGUUCUCUAUCAUGUCCUAUGCGUUUGUUUUCCUCAACGCCAUUGUUGGACUCGUGUCUGGUCUUCUGCGCAUAGGCAAGGCCUUGAUUCUCGGGCUUUUCUUCUUCUCGCGUCUCGACCGGACUAUCUUCAUACAAGGAUUCCAGUUAUGGGACAAAGGUUUUAUAGCAUAUCUUGGGUUUCUUCAUGUGUUGGUGGCCCACAGACAUCCUGUUGUGUUGACGUUCUGCCAAUUGCUCAUUGAAAGCAACAAGGUGACAACGUCCGAGGAGAAACAGCAUUCCAACCUCUCUGUGCAGCCACACAAUGUUGGGGAGCCAAAACGAGUCACUGGAUUUACACGUGAAAUUCGCCAUCCACGCCUGUCACAGAAGGCGGUCAAUCGCUGGCUUCUUGCUGUUACUCUUCUCCGCAAUCCUUCACUAAUACAAUAUCGUCGCCGACCCUUUCCGGUACCCACUGGACAGAGUGAGGUGGAUACGUCUUCGGUAUCGGUCUUCGUCGAUGCUUCGGUCUAAUCAUCACAUUUAGUCCAUAAUACAUGGACACUGUAAGGAUCAAAUGAAGGGCAUUUUAACGGUAGCCAAGUGUUAUAAGGUAUAUAGCUGUUUCGAAAAGAUUGUCGGAAAAAACGGACAAAACCGCAUGCGACAGUCUCGAAAAGUAAUCUAGAUAUCCGGUAAUCAAUUAAUUUUAUUAAGUAAAAAAAUGAAAAAA